GUUCAUAGAGAAAGCAAACCCUAAAUAGAAAGCCUUAGAUUGCACUCAACACACUAACACCAGCACAAAGCUUGAAACUAUGGCGGGACUUGGUCAUGGAGUGCAAUGGCCUAGCCGAAGGCGAAGGGGCCGUGAAGGGGGAGGAUACUUGGGAGUCCGACGCCGGCCAUGGGGGCGUUAUGCAGCCGAAAUUCGAAACCCUAACACUAAGGAGAGACACUGGCUCGGCACCUUUGACACUGCAGAGGAGGCGGCCCUAGCUUACGAUCUCACCUCGAUAUCGUUUAGUGGCCUCGGUAAGGCUAGAACAAACUUUGUCUACCCAAUUUUGCAGCCGGUGCCUCCACCCCCGCCGCCUCGGACUCCUCUUGAGUGUCGAGUUGUUGAAGCCGUCGCCCCUGACAAUGAUGAUUCAUGGCAGAUAGCCACCAUCUUGCAGAGUUUCAGGCAAGUUGAUGAGCAAGGGUCUUCACCCUCUUUGCUAGACUCCUUGGGGUUGUUAUGCAUGGUUGAUGAUCAAACUAGUUUGUGGUAUAUAGGUGAGGAGUCUGGAAAGCUGACUCUAGGAUAGACUAAAGGUUAUUUAGGUUAGGGUUUCUUGUUAGUUGUACUUUAAGUACUUAGAGAGAGAGAGAGAGAGAGAGAGAGAGAGAGAGAG